GGUGGAAUCCAUCUCCAUCUCCUGGAAGUGCAGUUAAGGGUUAAUCCUGCAACUCCCUGCAACGUGUUUGUGAGGGUGGGAGGAGAGAGUCAAGUGGGAGCGGAGAGCGGAUUCCCAGAUUUGGCAAUCUGAGUGCAGACGUACUGACGACCCGCUCCGCUCGACAACUGCACAACGAAGACCCCCGCGCCCCGUGAAGAGACAGAGGGGGGGAGACUCCUCACCCGUGUGUGGCCCGGCGCUACCUCCUAUGUAAAGUCCAGACAGCGGGCGAGAUGGUCCCUCAGAUGCGCUGGCUGCUCCCGGCCAUUCUCCUCCUGGCUCAGGCUCGGGGCUCGGAGGCAGCGGCCUGCCAUGGAUGCACUUCCAACACCAAAUGUGACUGCAGUGGUGUCAAAGGAGAAAAGGGUACGAUGGGAUUGCCUGGUUUUGCAGGGCCGCUGGGAAUGCCAGGAUUCCCAGGAGUAGAAGGACCACUUGGGGCUCCCGGGUCAAAGGGAGACUCAGGCGAACCAGGUCUCACGGGGAAAAAGGGAAUCCGGGGUCCAACUGGAGUCCCCGGAUUCCCAGGAACCCCAGGGAUACCUGGGCUGCCAGGCCAGGAUGGUCCUUCCGGGCCACAUGGUAUUCCAGGAUGCAACGGCACAAAGGGUGAAUCAGGUCCGCUCGGGCCAUCUGGGUUGCCAGGAAUACAAGGAAUUCCGGGUAAUCAUGGCGUUCCCGGAACAAAGGGAGACCCAGGAGAGGUGAUUGGUUAUCCAAUAUUGAAGGGUGACCCAGGACUUCCAGGACAUCCGGGAAAAAUGGGCAUCCCUGGUCAGCCGGGGCCUAUCGGGCCUGCAGGACCCAUUGGCUAUCCAGGACCCAUGGGCCCCCCAGGAAUCCCAGGACUCCCUGGACCAAAGGGCAACAUGGGAGUGCAUUUUCAUGGACAGAAGGGUGACAAGGGUGAGCCGGGGGUUCAAGGGCCUGCACAACCUUAUACUCCUGAAUCGCAAGAAGGAGGAAAAGAAACAACUUUGCAGAGAGGAGAUAAGGGAGAGAAAGGUGAGAAAGGCAAUGAUGGCCUCAAAGGUUUACCCGGAAACCAAGGACAUUCGUAUGUCGGGAUGAAGGGGAAUAAAGGAGAGAUGGGUGAGCCAGGGAAACGGGGCAAACCCGGCAAGGACGGAGAACCAGGGCUCCCAGGACAAACCGGUCCAUUCGGUUAUCCUGGCGAACCAGGCCUUUAUGGGCUGAAUGGCACCAAGGGAGAGAAAGGCAGUCAAGGACUGAAUGGCCCCCCAGGAGCCAUCACUGAUGAACAAGGAAGGCCUAUUCAUGGCACGCAAGGAAUACAGGGGGUCCAAGGCUACUCCGGAGAGAAAGGUGAACGAGGCUUUUCAGGCCCUCCGGGAAUUAUAGGAAUACCAGGCCCUCCAGGUUUGCCCCUGCAAGGUGAGAGAGGCCUGCCGGGAUACACUGGUGAACGGGGCCUGAAAGGUGACAAAGGAGAGGCGGGAAUAUCAAAGCCAGGCUUACCAGGGAACGCCGGCAUCAGGGGGUUUCCUGGUGCCCCCGGACCCCCUGGACCUCUAGUGUCUAACGAAGAUUGUACAAGUGUGCCUGGACCAAAGGGUGCUGAGGGAUCUCGUGGUUUCCAAGGAGAAACGGGAAUGAAAGGGGUCAAGGGAGAUACGUGCUUCCACUGCAAUGCAACCGUGCUGUCAGGGCCAACGGGUCCCCAAGGCCCUCCUGGUAGAACAGGUGAUCCUGGUUUCCCAGGGAUCAAGGGAGACCAAGGAACAACAGGAAGAGUCGGAUUCCCAGGGCAACCCGGUGGUCCCGGCUUCCCGGGGCGGAUGGGAAUCCCUGGACCCAAAGGAGACCCCGGUGACAUCCACGCUUUACCGGGUUUGAAAGGAGACAAGGGUGAGGGAGGCUUCCCGGGCAGACCAGGAGUGCCCGGAGUGGAUGGAAUUCACGGGAAAGAUGGAGCCCCCGGACAGCCAGGGCUCAAGGGUGAGCCUGCAACAAUUGGCUUCAAGGGAGAACCAGGACUGUCCGGGUCCCCGGGGAUUAAUGGUCUACGAGGAGACCAGGGACCUCCGGGCCGUCCAGGAGCGGGAGAACGAGGCUUCCCAGGAGAAAAAGGCAUCCAGGGCUUCCCAGGACGUCCUGGACUACCUGGGGCACUAGGUCUGAAAGGUGAAUCAGGGCAAUCGAUUGGUGUGUCAGGACCUGCUGGAGCCACAGGCACCCCGGGACUGAAUGGCCAUCCAGGGAGCAGAGGUGACCCUGGACUGCCAGGUCCCCUUGGUCCUCAGGGAGCCACUGGACCAAAGGGGGAUCCGGGGCUGCCUGGGAUAGGAUUUCCUGGCCCAACUGGGGCGAAAGGUGCGGAUGGAAUUCCUGGAGAUCUGGGUCAUCCUGGAAUUCCUGGACUCGCUGGAAAAGAUGGUCUGCCUGGUGCACCUGGGUUCCCAGGAGAGAAGGGACUGCCGGGAUUGGGACUUCAAGGGCCACAGGGAUAUCCAGGCGCUCAUGGACUGGAUGGGAUUCCAGGACCUAAAGGGGAUCCGGGAUUCCCCGGGAUACCGGGCGGACCAGGACAGCAAGGUCUCCCUGGGUUCCAAGGCAUUAAAGGUAACAUUGGUACAGGAGGUGCUCCGGGCCGUCCGGGACCUCCAGGACCUCCGGGAAGUGGGUUGCCAGGCCGACCGGGCGAGCCAGGACCACGUGGACCAUCCGGCCCGUUAGGAAACCUUGGACCCCCUGGAACCAAGGGAGACCCUGGUUUCCCAGGCCUGGACAUCCCGGGUCCACAGGGAGAGAAGGGGUUCACGGGCCUAAAAGGUCUCCCCGGGCCCCCAGGUUUCCCAGGCCAGGUCGGGACAUCGGGCAGAGAAGGACUUCCUGGAUUACAAGGUCCAAAAGGAGAAAUGGGAGUCAUGGGUGCCCCUGGAGGCCAAGGUAUUCCAGGAGUUCCAGGGAGCCUGGGAGCGUCGGGUACCAAAGGUAACCCAGGUUUGCCGGGCUUCCCUGGGACCCCAGGCAGCACGGGCGAGAAAGGCACGAAGGGGGAAACUGGUUUGGCGGGACAGCCGGGUGUGUUGGACAAGCACGAAAUGGAGAAAAUGAAAGGCGAAAAAGGAGACAUUGGGGAGUCAGGGAAGAGUGGUUUUCCAGGAACCAAGGGUUACCAAGGCAUUCCCGGCGAGCCCGGAAUGCCAGGAAAAGAUGGCGAGCCUGGAUUACCAGGACAGUCAGGGUCAGUGGGUGAUCCCGGAAGUCCAGGAGAACCAGGGUCCUCGGGAUUCCCUGGAGAGAAAGGAUCGAUCGGAGAAAUGGGCUAUCCAGGUACCUCGGGACCUGCCGGCCUCCCGGGGAACACGGGAAAACCAGGCAACCCUGGCUUUCCUGGGGUGAGCGGGGAGAAAGGUAUAAAGGGAGAUCCUGGUCGGCCAGGAUAUGGGAUCCCAGGUGAACGGGGUCAAAAGGGAGAUCCGGGGUUGCCAGGUUUUCCAGGUGAUCCGGGACUGACGGGUGAUUCUGGUUUGCCCGGCUUGCUGGGCACGCUUGGUCCAACGGGGCCGAAGGGGUCUUCGGGCCCACCAGGAAUUCCAGGUAAUCCAGGACUACCCGGCAGUAAAGGUGGCGUCGGACUCCCGGGCGAACAGGGCUUGUCUGGAAUCCCAGGACAACCAGGUACCACAGGACCUUCGGGAACUCCAGGAGAUCCGGGAGAGAAAGGCUCAACAGGUCUUGAUGGAAUUCCCGGUGCCAUUGGCGAGAAAGGCAAUCCAGGUUUCCCGGGAAGAGACAUGCCUGGACAACCAGGACAUUCCGGACCAAAGGGUGUGAAGGGUGACAUUGGCUUACCGGGUUUCCCUGGAUCGUCGGGAGUUUCAGGCAGAAAAGGAGAACAAGGAUUCAUAGGCAGCAAAGGCAACGCUGGCGAUCCAGGACCCCCUGGUCCACCCAACAGGGCUCUGGAGGGCCCCAAAGGAGAGAAAGGCCUUGCCGGAGACCAAGGUCUGCCAGGGCACCCUGGUAUACCGGGGCUGCAAGGAACUCCAGGAUUCAACGGGAGCAAAGGAGCCAAAGGCCUGCAGGGGUCUCCAGGUUACCAUGGCUACCCUGGGCCGAAGGGAGAAUUGGGUUUCCCAGGAUUGCCCGGUAACGUCGGGCGCUCUGGAGCACAUGGACUGAUGGGUGACCCAGGGCCUCAUGGAGUCCCAGGCUUUGUUGGGAUGAAAGGCACUUCAGGGCCCCCUGGAUUACCAGGCGCGCAAGGUGACAGAGGACAUACUGGGAAUCCAGGUGCUCCAGGCCCCGCUGGACCUCAGGGUCCGCUACAGAUUGUAAAGGGCGUGGCUGGAUUGCCUGGUCCGCCAGGACAGGACGGAGUAAAGGGAUAUCAAGGGGUGUCAGGAAUCAAAGGCGACCCAGGUUUCCCAGGCCAACCUGGUGUUGCCGGUGAUGAUGGACCUCUGGGCUUAGAAGGCAGACCUGGGCUAAAAGGAGAUGCGGGACCAAUUGGGCCAGCAGGUCCACAAGGAUAUCCAGGACCGGUGGGUGUGGAAGGAAUGCCUGGACCUCGGGGAUUCCCCGGCCCUGCGUCCAUCGCUCACGGCUUCCUUGUCACACGACACAGCCAAACGACGGACAUUCCCAGCUGUCCACACGGAACGUCGAAGAUCUUCGAGGGGUUCUCCCUGCUAUACGUGCAAGGCAAUGAGAGGGCCCAUGGCCAGGACUUGGGGACCGCGGGGAGCUGCCUGCGAAGGUUCAGCACCAUGCCCUUCCUCUUCUGCAACAUCAACAACGUUUGCAACUUUGCCUCAAGGAACGACUACUCCUACUGGCUGGCCACGCCCGAACCCAUGCCCAUGAGUAUGGCUCCCGUGAUUGGUCAAACCAUCAAGCCAUUCAUCAGCAGAUGCUCCGUGUGUGAAGCUCCGGCCAUGGUGAUUGCUGUUCACAGCCAGACAAUUCAAAUCCCGCUCUGCCCCAACGGCUGGCAUUCCCUGUGGAUCGGAUACUCCUUCAUGAUGCAUACCAGUUCUGGCGCCGAGGGCUCCGGACAAGCCUUAUCGUCCCCCGGCUCCUGCCUGGAAUCCUUCCGCACCGCCCCAUUCAUCGAGUGUCAUGGCCGUGGAACAUGCAACUACUACGCAAACUCCUACAGCUUCUGGCUCGCCACCGUGGAAACCACAGAGAUGUUCAGGAAACCGGAAUCAGAGACACUGAAGGCAGGGGAACUGCGGACGCGAAUCAGCCGCUGUCAAGUCUGCAUGAAGAAAACGUAAAAUGCUGGAGCUCCCUCAGCGUGUUAAGUGGCUUACAAUCCUCCCUCGGACUAUGGUGCUAAUUCUAUAAUAAAGCAAUAUGACAAUAUCCUGUGUACCUCACCUCUAUUAUCCCAAAAAAAAGAAACAA